AUGAUGGAAGAUGAAAUUGAUAUAGAUUUUUCAAAUGAAAUCUCAAGACAAGAUGUAUUACAAUUAAGAGAAUAUUAUGAUAAAUUAUUUCCAUUUGAUUUAUUAUAUGAUUGGUUAACAAUAAAUAGUAUAAAUGAAAAAGAAGAAGAUAAAAAGAGAGCAUUUGAAAGAAGAGAAUUUUCAGUAAGGAUCAAUAAAGUAUCUUCAUCAUUUGUUAUUCGUAAUAAAUCAUUCAAUAGAGUUGAAGAUUUAAAAGAAUUUUUAAAAGGUAGACAAAAUAUUGAUGGUGUAUAUGAAGUACCAGAGAGAUUAGAUAUUGGACCCAUCUGUAGUUGGGAACCAUCUAAAAAGGCAACAGUUUCAGAUUACCAACCAGUGUCAAAGGAAUUGGUAUUCGAUAUUGAUGUUGAUGAUUAUAAUCCAAUUCGUGUUUGUUGUUCAUCAACAUCACUAUGUGAAAAGUGUUGGGGAUUUUUAGCAGUUUCAGCAGAGUUUAUAGAUAAUUAUCUUAGGGAAUGUUUUGGUUUCCAACAGAUAAUGUACGUUUUUAGUGGUCGUCGUGGUUUACACAUUUGGGUGUCGGAUAGAGCCGCACAACAUCUAACAAGAGAGAAUCGUGCUUCAAUUUUAAAUCAUAUCAGAGUUGAGUUAUCUCAAAAUCAAAUCCCAAUUCUUAAACGUUCAUUCGACCAAAUUCUAUUACCACACUUUGAAAAAUGCAUUAUAGAGGAACAACAAAUUUUCACCAAUGAAAAACAACGUAAAAACUUUUUAUCAUUAUUACCAAUCUCUUACAAGAGACAAGAUAGAAAAAUCACUUUAACGCCAUCUGAAGAUAUUGAAAAGAAAUUAAAAGAAAUUCAAGAUGAAAAUUUAUCAAACUCUGAAAUUUGGUUCGCUGUUAAAUCUUAUCUCGAAGAUAAUAAUUUAAAGGAACAUCUCUACAAUUUAGUUUUCCAUUAUACAAUGCCAAGAAUUGAUGAACCAGUAACGAUUGGUCUUGAUCAUCUUUUGAAAUCUCCAUUCUGUAUACACCCUGAUACAAAGAAACUUUGUGUUCCUUUGGAUAUUAAUGAAAUUUAUAAAUUUAAUCCAAAUCAAGUUCCAACAGUUGAUCAAUUAAUUAAUGAUCCAAAAUUAUUUAACAAAUUUAAAAAAAUAUUUAAAAAUCAUGUAAAUCAAAUGAAAUUAAAAUAUAAUUUAACAAUUCAAGAUCCAAUGGAAUUUUAA